AUGCGCGCCAUCCGCAACUAUCUGCAUAAGCAAGCGCCUUCAGUCAAGCGCGCUAUUCGUCGCUUUGAACAGGAAGGCAUCUCAUUCCUCUCCUUGGAUCCAGACGUCAUGGACUAUAUCGCUGCGUACAGUGAUGAAAUCUUGCGGCAGGCGCCUUCUUUGCACUCUCCCACGGAGACUGGAACGACUUCGGCUGUCGACCACGACAAUGCGCGAGGCUCAGCAAUACCUACACGCGCUACAGGGUCGAAGAAGCGCGCCGCGUCAGACGGUACCGUGACUGGCAGGCCGAGCAAAACCGCGAAAACGACCGGGAACCACGAACGAAGUCCAUCAGCAGCCGUACAUAUGGACAUUGAAGGACGGGAGGAGGAAGGCGCGGCCACGGGGCAGGAUGAUCAAGAGCAUGCUGGACUGGAUGUAGUCGGUGCUGCAACGUCGGAGAACCCGACAAACCUCGCUCGCGGCUCGUCCGGUCGAGCCGAGAUGCAGCUGGAAAGACGCCAGAUGCUUGGUACACGUGCUGGCAAGGGAAAAGCGCCACAGGCAAUGGUUGGGCGGAUGAAGCCAACCAGCGCUAGCUGCACCGUGACCCCCACCAAAUCUCCCCACCGCAAGGCCCCGGCUGCUCCAAGACGUGUCACAACAGAAAGCGCAACCCCCAGUCACGACAAGGACGAUGAUGUAGCUGUCAUCUCAUAUCUCCAGAAGCGCUACGAUCAUGUCGUCAACAUCGAACGCGAGGCGAGCAGCGAACUGCGGAAAGUGCAGGCCGACAACACGAACCUGCGACAAGAGAUCGAAGAGCUCCGCCAACAAGUCGAAGAGCUUCAAACACCAAGCCAUGCUGAACUUCGUCAACAUGCUACUACUCUCAAGCAGCAAGUAGAGACGCGAUCUUUGAACGAGAAAACGACGCUGUCUAUUCAGGCCCUUGAACUUAGGCAGUGCAAAGAGAGGAAUCAGCUUCUCGAAGAGCGCCUCAAGAACAAGGAAGCACUUGUAGGCCAUCAGAAAUGCAUGCUCGAUAACCUGAGAGAGCCUUACCUCAUCCCUCGGUCUCAGGCAUAUCCAAUCGAAUACGACAUCCAGUGUCUUGGUCCAAUGUGGUCUCGUCGCAUGGAAGGCUUGGCACGUGUCUUCCCACAAUACAACCCGGCCACCACUUUGAGUCCUCAAUAUGUCCUCCCUGCGAAGUUCGAGAUCGCCAUGCGUACCAUCACUGGGCUACCACUAGCACAGACCAGAAACUUAGCGCUCUCGGCGUGCUUCGCUAAUGUUACGGGCCUACCCACCGACGUUAACAUCCACGCGGCCUUGUUCAAGUCCUAUGCGCUACGAUGGGUCUACGACACUAAUUUCCACACCGAUGGACUAAAUUCGGAGAAACUGGAGGAUCUGUGGCAGUCGAUCGCUUUAGAAGGCGGACUCGAAUCUGUGCGCAAGCAAGAUACGAUAGCCACACUCUUCAAGAUCAACAACCAGCAUUUCCGAGACAACGAACUACCUGCCAAGGCCAAACACCAAAUGGACAUAUUCAUCGAGGAGUUCCGUGAGCUCAUUCCCUGGCUGGACACCAAGCGUGCAGAGCUCACGACCUGGCUGAAAUACGUCAUGAUAAUCAAGAUCGAGCUUCUUGUAUCCAAUCAACAUCACAAGAUGGCCUUCCCACCACCUGGAGUACCCUUCGACAAGGCGACGAUGCAUGGCUUCCUCGAAAACGGAGAUAGUCCGGGACUUGGGGAAGACUGGUCGAAGUAUCGGGUCAAAGUUUGCCUCAGCCCUGCGCUUUACAUGUGCAUCCUGGAGCCAGAGUGGAGUGAUAUCAACGGCUUCGAUCCCAGCACAGACAACUAUAAAGAUGCUCUGCUCGAAUCGAGGGAUUUCUUUCCUGAGGAGCCGGGCAAGUAUCAUGGUUGGGAAGGAUCUUUCCUGGUGGCUCGGGCUCUAGUUUCUAUCGAGAAGUGUCCAGAGGAGCCGCAGCCGAGUCAGGUCCCACGACUUCGACUCAUCCAACGCUCAGCAGAGAAGAGUCAAGAAGUGGCGGAGGAUUACGUUGAUGAAGCCAAUAGUGAAGAUGGUGACCAUGACGGGGGUAGCGUUAAUAGCACGGAUGGUAAGAGUAACGAAGACAGCGAGUAUAGUGCCGAUGGUGUCGCGGAGCAGUAA